AUGUGGCCAGCUCGUUUGACGGAAGGCUAUUCAGCGAAUCUGUCAACGCCAGGCUAUUCAACGAACCAAGUUGCCCGCAGACCAGGUCAGAUCAUGACUGCAGAUCAAAGGGCCAACAAUGCCCACAAUGGUUCCGUCCUUCGAGAAAUUGAGCUACUAGCUGGAAACUUGGGUCUCCGAGCAGUUCUUACACCGAGACAACUCAGUGCCCUGAACAAGGAUGCGGAAACUUGGACGACCCCAGUGCUAGACACGAUCCUUCAGCUCGUCAAGACCGUCGUCCACGAAUCUCUACCCGGCGUACAAAACGCCGCAGCUGAGCAUUUCAUACAAGAAGCCCGAGCCUGGAUGAUGGACGAAGAAGUUGCCAAGGAACUUCAUCCUCUUGGAGCAGGCGAUGUGCAGGAGGCGGUCAAACGUUGCCAAGUCGAAUAUGCGGACAAGAAAGUUGCGGAAGGACAGCAGAUGAUGAGAGAAUACCAUCUACUCGAAGCACACAAGAAAGCCAUUCAGGACACGUUGGAGAUCUUCAAAAAAUCCAUCACCGACUGCUCGAGCAACUUUGAAGAGGUCUGGCACGACAUCGAAUUCGAAGUCAAUAUGCGCCACGGCAUUCUCACACACGAUCUCAGGCAGUGGCUCCAAGAGCAGUUCUACGAGCUGUGGGAGCAAGCCAGACCACUCCCUCCGCGGAAGUACACCUUUCGUUCUCUCAACCCUAUGAUGCGGGCAAAAGGACCGAGAGCUAAGCUGAAAGUCACUUGGGAGAUCCCGCCUGGUGGUACGUACGACAAGAGCACUGGACGCAUCACCUAUGAAAGUAGACAUAGCUUCGAGGAAGUCUAUGGCAUCGAUGGUGCAACGAAGAGGACUGGUAACCAUGACACCCAGCCUAUCGAGAUCGAGCAUCUGAGUACCAAAGUCGUCAAAGUUAGGCUCAACGGCAACCCGGGAGUCAUGGCCUAG